UAUUUAUUUAGAGAGAUAAUAAUUUAAAUAAAAUUCUAGUAGUAAAUACUUAGUAUACUUAGUUUACACAAGCAUUAAAUUUAUGUUUUGUAUCCUUAGACAAACAUAACAAUAAUUCUAAAUACACCGUUUUUCUCACAACUAACCUUCUGGUUUUUGAUAGGUAAGGGAGGUAUUUAAAGGCUCUGAGUUAGUAAACCAGUUUCAGUGAACCAAAAUGUCGGACGGUGAAAGCAGUUACACGGAGUGGACUUUCUAUAGAGAUAGGCCAGAAUGGUCAGAUGUGACCCCGGUUCCGGAGGAUGAUGGACCUACACCGGUUGUAGUUAUUGCACAUUCUGAAAAAUUUGAAGAUGUUUACGACUAUUUUAGAGCCGUCCUUCAAAAUAAUGAGAUGUCAGAGAGAGCUUUGCAUUUAACUAAAGAUGCUGUGGAGCUAAAUUCUGCUAAUUAUACUGUUUGGCAAUACAGAAGAGAUCUGUUAAAAGCUUUGGGAACUGAUUUAAGAUCUGAACUAGAAUAUGUCGAGUCUGUAAUUAAACAAUCACCCAAGAACUAUCAAGUUUGGCAUCACAGAAGAGUCUUAGUGGAAUGGCUCAAGGAUCCAUCGCAGGAACUUGAUUUGACUGGUGAUGCUCUCAUUCAAGAUCCAAAAAAUUAUCAUGCGUGGCAACACAGGCAGUGGGUCAUCAAGGAGUUUGGGCUUUAUGAUAAGGAAAUGGAGUUUGUUAAUAACUUGAUAGAUGAAGAUGUGAGAAACAACUCAGCCUGGAAUCAAAGGUACUUUGUAAUGAACAAUCACCACGGAUGGUCGGACAUGAAUGUGCAAAAGGAAAUUUGCUAUGCCAUGGAGAAGAUCAAGUUUGUAAAAAAUAAUGAGAGUGCUUGGAACUAUCUGAGAGGAGUUAUGCUUCAUGAUAAGAGAGGAUUAUGCGGGAAUUCAGUUGUUGUGUCGUUCUGUGAGGAACUUUACGAUAACAAAUGUCGUUCCAUUUAUUUACUAGCAUUCCUUAUCGACAUUUGCGAAGAGGCCAUGAGGAAAGGCGAAACCAAUUCCUAUUACAACGCCGAUAGAGCGCUAGAAUUGUGCCAGGCGUUAGCAACAAAGUACGACAAAAUAAGGUCUAAAUAUUGGAACUAUGUUGGCGAUAACAUUAAGUCGAAAAAGAAUACAAAUACCGAGCUCUUAAAUUAAAUUAUGCAAAUUUUAAGAUAUUUAUGAAUAAA